ACUCAAUACUUGCUCUUAACAGCUUUAUUUAAACGUUCUGGAUGUAUAUCAAGUUGCCACACAGACCUUAACACACUCCUGUACAUGGAAACAUACAACAUUUUGAACAAUAUGUAUGUAUUUGGAGCUCCUUUGUCUGUUCUCUGUGUUAGCCACUAGCAGGUUAGCUUUUUAAACUGAAGACGGGAGGAAGCCUGUUCCAGCAAAAGAACCAGCCAGUGUCCUGAAAACUGCCACAAUCAACAUAAUCAACCUUUAUUGACACUCAGAAGGAACACCCUGAGGAACAAGAUCCUUCUUUUAUAAGUGCAGAGUUUACACAUGAAAAUAAUAAAAAAGGGCUACAUGUUUAUUCAUUACCUGUCUGUUUAUUUUCUUCAAGCCUUCACCAGGAUAGAGUGAUUUAUGGCAAAGCCAGACCACAAGACCUCCCGGUGGAGAUUCUGACUUCCGCUAAUGACCGCCAACAUUAUCUCCACCUCCGUCAUCAUGUCACCGCGGAAAAGGCCCCUGGUUCCCGUGAGCAGCCGACGGAAAGCGGUGGACGACUACUUCCCUUUCAACCUCCUGCCGGUGGAGUGCCAGUUGCACGUCUUGUCCUUUCUGAACGAGGUGGAUAAAUGUAGCUGCGCUCUGGUUUGCCUGAGCUGGAGCUGCCUGGUCCGCUCGUGGAAGCUGUGGCGGGUGGCCGACUAUUCUCGUCGAGGCGUCUUCCACCUGGGUCAAGAGGGGCUGCUGGUGUCCAACCGUGAGUUCGAGAGGUGGAAGUCCUGGGUGCACCAUUACACGCACCACCUCAUCUCCCGACGGGCCAGCCUGCUCACGCUGAAGGCCAGCUUCGACCUGGGGGAUCGCUGCAACAAGUGGGGCGAGCUGCUGAGCCACCUGAUGGAUAACAUUCACUGCAGGGACCUCAGCCACCUUGACCUCAACUGGACUUUUACUCUGCUGGAGCCACUGGACCUCAGGGUCCACUCCAGCUCUAGCUCCCAUCAGGACAGCAUCACCAAGAUGGACCAGGUGACCAGUUUCCAGGAGCUGCUGACCAAACUCACACACAGCUGCCCGCGCAUCUCCAAAAUGCGCUUACACUUCGACUGGUCAGACUUGUCCGUGUCGCUGCUCACCCAGUUCCAGCAGCUGCGGGUCCUCGAGCUCAAAUACUUCUGGGUCUUCAAAGGAGUGACUCCCUCGACACUGCAGACUCUCACCAAAUCCCUGCCGAACCUUAAGUCUCUGACUCUGCACAUCCUGGUGCCGCUGAGGAACCUGGGCAUCUCCUACACUCUGGAGUCGCUCUCUCUGGAGUUCCUAGAUGUGUCGCCCAGUCGCGGUCUGGUCUUCUCUUGUCUGAAGCUUCCCGCCCUGCGCGAGCUACGAGCCAAGAAGAUCGUCCGCGGCAUUACGCUGGACCGACGGACCAGGCUCAGGAUCCAGAGCCGGUGGCCCUGCCUGUACCACGUCCUCCGGGAGGGGACGCCGAAGCUCCAGGCGCUUAACAAUGAGAGGCUCCUCCCCACGUGGAGAGAGGAGAGCUAUGGCGAGCUGUCUUCCAUCCUGGAACAGUCCUGUUACUGCAUCCAGCAUCUAGACAGCUGGCUGUGGUAGUUGACACUAUGACUUACAAUAAAUCAA